AUGCAUGUUCACUAUUCGGACAUUAAGCUCACUGCGCCAGAUUUCACCUCUAAUAUUGUAACCCUGGAAGAACUGAGGGCAGCUUGCGAAUACGAUAAAGUUUGGGUCUCUGUUGAUCGGGUAGUGUAUGAUUUGACAGAGUUCAUGAAUAAGCACCCAGGUGGAUGGGAGUUUUUAUAUAUGGCUGCAGGAAAAGACAUAUCACAAGUAUUCAAAUCCUAUCACGGACAAGCUCAGCAUCAAGUUCUACUCAAGUACCAGAUAGGAAUUCUAUCGGGGCAAGAUGUCCCUUCAUUCCCACCGGAAGAUGAAUUUUCUUUGACACUGAAAGAACGAGUCAAUAAUUAUUUUAGAUCUACAAAAAUAGAUCAGAGAAGCUCUCCGUUUGCAUAUGUCAGAUACUUUCUCAACACAAUUGCCUUGUUGGUUUUUUAUUCAUUGCAGUGGACAACAUUUCUCCACACUGCAUUGAUGUUCUAUAUCAUGGCAAUUGCUUACGGAGCAGCACUGGCUCAGUACAGUCUUUCUGCUAUGCAUGAUGGCUCUCAUGGGGCAGUCAGUUAUAGCCCCGCAUUUUGGAGACUGCUUGCGAUGGGACAUGAUUUUCUAAAUGGAUGUUCAAGCACCUUGUGGGUAUAUCAACAUGUUAUGAGCCACCAUAUUUUCACAAAUGUGGAAGGUUUUGAUUCUGACAUUGACACGUCCGACAUGGAAUUUUACCGCAUCAAGGAAUCUCAAAAAUAUUCCCCCAUCUACAGAUUCCAGUCCAUAUAUUCACCAUUCCUGUAUUUUUUUCUUGGAAUAUCUAUCCGUAUUGGAGAUAUGUGCAACUACUAUAGAGGGCGCCGAGGUCCACUCAAAGUCAAUCCCUUUACUGCCUCUCAGAAUCUGAUUUUUUGGGGGGGAAAAAUAUUUUUCCUGAUGACCCGGAUUACUUUCCCCUUGUAUUUGGGAGCCACACCCCUACGAGUCAUCACCGCAUUCCUCUUGACAGAUUUCACCUUCUCGAUCAUAGUCACAAUGAUUUUCCAAGCGACACAUCUCGUUGAUAGUGUAGCAUUCCCUCAAGUGAAUCCUGAAACAGGGAACAUCGAUGUGGACUGGGCUCGUCUGCAAGUGGAAACUGCACAAGACUUCAGUCAUGAUAAACCAUUCAUGACGUUUUUCUCGGGCUCUUUGAACUAUCAAGUAGCACAUCACCUCUUUCCUUCUAUUGCCCAGGAGCACCUUCCUGCCGUAGCGAAGAUUGUACGUCAAACUGCAAUUGAGUUUGGUGUCAAGUAUGAAAUUAAGGAGGGUCUCUGGGCUGCAAUAGGGGGUCACAUUGGGCUGCUCAAAAUGCUAGGCACUCCGCCCACUAGCUCUCACUAG